AUGUUGGACAAGAUAUAUUACUUAAAUCUAGAAGAUAUUAGUGUAGGUAACAAAAGAGUAGGAUUUCUUGAAGGGACGUUUGAGAUUAACAAAGAAGGAGGUGGUGGUACUUACAUCGAUUCUGGUACUAUAAUAUCUGUUAUGUAUAAAACUCAUUUCGAUAGAGUUGCAGAUCUGGUGAAGGCACAUUUUCACGAGCUCGGCAUUAAAAACAUUGGUUCCCAGCAAGAUUUUGAUUUGUGCUUCCAAAUACCGGAAGCAUUUUCUAUUGCCGACUUUCCUUCCGUGAUACUUCAUUUUCAGCAUGCUGACUACGUUAUUCCACGUUACAAAGCUAAUUUUGUGAUGAUAUCUAAUGAAGUUUAUUGUUUAGGCAUCAUCCGUGGGGAUACGAAUUGGGUAGCUUUUGUUUUAGGAGCCAUGCAACAAACUAAUAAACGAAUUUUGUAUAACAUUAAGGAUCAGUCACUCUCAUUCGCUAUAGAGGAUUGCAAAUCAGGUUCAUCAGGGGACAAUGCAUUCAGUGUAGCUGGGAAUGAUUUAGCCAUUUCGUCUCAAAUUUAA